AUGCCGUAUACCCACUUUUUGUUGAUGCGCCCCAGGUCUGCUCCAGCCUCGACACGAGAAGAGACUGCACUCCUCAUCCAACGGGCGCUACGAAUCCUAAAUUCUGCAUUUACGCUCGAGAUAGACCGCGCAACACAUCUGCAUCCUGUGGCCCUGGUUCUGCAGGAUUACCGCAGAGGCCGCCAGAUGACGCGCCGGAAAGAGGUCGCCCCACGGGCCCUGCGAAACCCGCAAUUGGCCAUUCGGCUCCACUCGCCAGGCGCCGCCGACCAGAAGGGCCCGAGUUCAUCGCUUUCCCAGGAAUCGAAUGUUGCUCCCCUCCGAGCAACGGCCGAGGAGGCCGCUUUGGGGUCAAAUUGA